GCUAGUUGCUCUCUGCCGUUGGUGCUCUUCGUUCUCACUGGAGAUUAAACAGUUGAUUGAGAGGUUAAAGUGUGUGUCUGUGUAGCUGAGUGGCUCUGGAAUAUUAAGUGACAAUCCCCUUUCGUUUUGUUUCGUCUUUAGUUAUGUGGUUAUAAUGAAGUGAGGAUGGCCAAACGACCGGGGACUGACGACGCGAUGGUGACUUCGCCGACCGUUCUUCGGGAUUUCGCAGACGAUUUGAACGCCGGGGACGUGAACAUGGACUGCGGCGACGGAGCCGCCGAGGUCUCCUUGGAAGAUAUCCUGAAAUUGUACGGUCAGCCGAUAAACGAGGAACAGGCAUGGGCGGUGUGUUAUCAGUGUUGUCGGACUUUAGCGCAAAAACAUCGGAGGAAAAGCUCCACGUCUGCCGGUGCGUCGGCUGUCGACUACCCGAGGAGGAUUGAGGGACCCAGGGAUGUGAUGAUUUGGCGAGACGGGACUAUCGGACUGCACUUUGAAGGCAGCACAGAUAAAUAUGGAUCAGCUCCGACGUCAUUAGAGAUUAUUGACUCGCUGGGUGUCAUGAUCUACAAAGCUCUGGACUAUGGCCUCAAAGAAAACGAGGAGCGUGAACUCAGCCCGCCGCUGGAGCGCCUGAUCGACAUGAUGACCAACACCGAAGACACUGAGAGCGAUCCCUGUCCCGACGAGGGCUAUGAGGCCACAGAGGAGGAGGACGAGUGUGAAGAAGAAGAAGAGGAGGAGGAGGAGCCCGUCUCUGCUACCACCACCAGCUCAGUUAGAAUUCGCAGCUAUCGAGACAUCGUCACGCUAUGUUCUUCCCACCUGCCCAGCCCAUCAGAUGCCCCCAACCAUUACCAGGCUGUGUGUCGUGCUCUCUAUGCCGAGACAAGGGAACUACACACCUUUCUGGAGAAAAUCAAGAGUGCCAAGGAGAACCUUCGGAAAAUGGAGGGUGAGACUCAGGAACCUGUUAAAGACCUCAAUGAGCUGCAAAAUGCAGACUGGGCACGGUUCUGGGUGCAGGUGAUGCGAGAUCUACGGGAUGGCGUUAAGUUGAAGAAGGUUCAGGAACGUCAGUAUAACCCACUGCCCAUUGAAUACCAGCUCACACCUUACGAAAUGCUGAUGGACGACAUCCGCUCCAAACGCUACAAGCUGCGGAAGGUCAUGGUGAAUGGGGACAUCCCACCAAGGUUAAAGAAGAGCGCACAUGAGAUCAUUCUUGAAUUCAUCAGGUCUCGACCACCUCUCAACCCUGUCUCAGCCCGUAAACUGAAACCCCACCCGCCACGUCCCCGGAGCCUCCACGAGCGACUGCUGGAGGACAUCAAAGCUGAAAGGAAGCUCAGGCCGGUCUCACCGGACAUGAUCCGCCGAAGCCGCCUGGGUGCAGGGAAAAGCAUCAGCACGCCCCAGGACUUGUUCCGCAGCUCAGACACUCCUGAUGCACCCAGGAAGUUGGCUGUCAGUACGCAGUCUCUGGCCAGUGGCACCACGGGACCCAAUCAAGGUGGAGUGCAGCCCCUUAGCCAGAGGAAGAGGCUGCUUAGAGCGCCCACACUGGCCGAGCUGGACAGCUCUGAAUCUGAUGAGGAGCCCACACGGAGCAGCUCCAGUAUGUCCACGUCUUUGAUCGAUGACACGUCACCCGAGUCUGUCAUAGGCAAGAAGGCUCCUCCAAAGUUCCUGCCCAUGUCCGCCACCCCACAGCCGGACAAGCGUCAGUCGCCACAGAGGCGGCACUCCAUCGAGAAGGAGGCACCCACCAGUGUCCACCCCUUUGCACCUCCGUCCAAACAGACCUCCAAGUCUUUGGUGGAAGCUGCCAGUGGUGCUCAGGGCACGGAGGAGUUCUGCUACCCAGUGGAGUGUCUGGCUCUGACGGUGGAGGAGGUGAUGCACAUCCGGCAGGUUCUGGUCAAGGCUGAGCUGGAGAAGUUUCAGCAGUACAAAGAUGUCUACACCGCUCUCAAGAAAGGAAAGCUUUGCUUUUCAUGUCGGACCAAGAAGUUCUCCCUCUUUACGUGGUCCUACACCUGCCAGUUCUGCAAAAGGCCUGUGUGUUCCCAGUGCUCGAAAAAGAUGCGGCUGCCAUCUAAGCCCUACUCCACCUUGCCCAUCUAUUCUUUGGGCCCCAGUGCUGUGGCUAAAGAAGAGGCAUGCGGAUCGUCUGCCCCUGCUGAGCCAGAGAAGCAUCCAUUUGGGUCUGGACAUAGCCGACACAGCCUGCGUAGAAGUGUUUACAAGUUGUCUAAGCACAGCAGUAGUAGCAGCAGCAAAGAUGGCCGGUCACAGGAUGAGCCGGAGCUUCCCAAGGAGCUUACUGAGGACUGGGUCACCAUGGAGAUCUGCGUAGAUUGCAAGAAGUUCAUCACGGAGAUCAUCUCCUCCAGCAAGCGCAGCCUGUGCGUGGCCACCAAGCGCGCCCGCCUCAAUCGCAAAACCCAAUCCUUCUACAUGUCAUCAUCUAACUCGGUCAACUUCAGGCCCUCUGAGCGCACCAUCAACGAGGUGUAGGAAGUGGGACCACCUUGGGCACUUCUGUUCACGCCUCUCCCAGAUCUUAAUCAUUCAAUAAAAAAAAGAAAAUAGAUAAAAAUCUGAGUCUAGCUUUGACCUGGACUGGUUCACUGUGAUGAUGAAUCCAGUCCAUCCCACCCCAAAGUUAGUAAAGGUUCUUAUACCUUAGCCCGUCUCAGGAAGUUGGUACGCUAUGAUUGGUCAUGACUGGUCAGGACUUGAGAGUAGCUGCCAGAUAACAAAGGAGAGCCAUGUUUCUGUAAGUCAGUGAUAUUUCUGGACACGGUGGGUUGAAUGGAUAGAUUGAGCCGCUGAUGUUGCGAUUGUGAACCAGGUAAGAGAAUGUAUGUUUGACAUUAGAGCGGGGAAAGAUGAUACAGAAAGCCAAAAGCUGCAGCAAUGAUGUGUAAAUAGUAAAAAGGCCCAUCCCUGAUAUUAGCUCUGAAUACGUUUUCCAGUUCCUGUUUACUUCUAGCACUCAGGAAGAACAACAGAUUGUCUUUUGACAGAAAUGCACUGUAGAUCCUGCUGUCAGGUCUGUUGGGGUAGAUCUCUGCCACUCCCCUCUGCCCCUCUCUUAUUCUUCCAGCAACAAUUAUGCCAAAUGUUACAUUAAUUUUUUUUAGCCAGUUUAAAUGCAUAUUUGCUGUUCUCUCAUGUUUUAGGGACGAGACAUUGAGGGGUGAGAAUAGUCAGAUUAUUUUUUUCUGGGUGGGUUUUGGCUAUUAGUUGUAAUGUAUAUUCAAAUCUGUGCCUGGUGCCAAAAUGUAAUUUCUUUCUUUGAAUGCCUUUGUAGUUCCGGACCUAUUGUACAUAUGUGUGAUAGACUCAAUGGGAGACAUAUGAGAGUAAUCCAAAAUUUGGUUUCUUGCCCUACCACGUUCCAAGCCGGGCAGAAGAAGCACAGAAAUGUCGGAUUACAAAUGUGUACAUGCUGUAUAUCUUAAUUGUUCCAAAUUUGAAUUUAAUAUAAAAAAAACUUAACUAAGUAGAAGUAUAAUUCACCAUGUUUUAAGAUUUCUGCCUCUGGAGUGUCUUUAUUUGAAAUUCUUCUCUGAAACCUUUAUUAUUAGUGUUAUGUUUGUGUCAAUGUAAUAUUAAGAUUUUAUUUCUGUUGUAUAGUUUAUAAACUCCUCAGUGUUAAGAUACUCGUCUAAAUUGCAAAUCGCACUUUUACUGGACCAAGUUAUUGUUUAUGUUGGGUUUUUGUCUUAAUAAUAAUUAUUAAAAUCUUUGUUUUUCUCCUCUUGGGGGCUCCAUAGUGCCAUUUCCCAGGGUUCCUCAUGAAUGAAAGUAAGUGUGAAUGGCUGCAGGUUGUUUGUAACAAUGGAAUAAUGGCGAAGCAAAACAAAGCACUCCAUUUAAUUGAAUGUAGGCAUUUUUAAGUGUAUAACUUAAUUGAAUAUGCUUUAUGAACUUUUAUUCCCUUUCAAGACUUACACACACACACACACACACUCACACAGACACACAUUCAUCUAGUCUGUUUUGUGACAGUUGUUACCAAAUGAGCAAGAAGCGCAACCAGCCUGUUAAAUACUGAUGCCAUGUUCCAGUGAAACAUACAUCUGACCAGUUUUAAUUUAGACCUCUGUAAAGAAUGUAUGCAUGCUGUACUGUGAUCUGUUUGUUUUUAUCAAAGAAACUACAAUAAAAUCAUCAUGAU